AUGUUAGAUAAUAAUAAGAAUGCCUUAAUGAGUUGUAGUGCAUUUAAAGAGAGUGGUGUAUUGAAGGGAUGGGGAGAAAGGCUUUUAAUAUAUGAUUUAAAAUAAUAGGUAAGGGCAUGAUAUAUAGAGAGAUACUCAGGUAUAUUGACGUCAAGGGUUAAACAUAAAAGUAGUUGUUAAUUCAAAAUUAUAUUAUCCAUCCUGUUGCAUUUCAUCAAGGGAAAUGGGCAAUAAAGUUCAAAACUCCAUAAGAAAUUGAACCAAAAUUAGCUAGAUUUGGUUGGAAUAACCAAUCAGAAGCAUUAUAAUGGUAUGAUUUUUUUAAUGGGAAAUAUUUGGCAAUGUAAAUAACAAAAGAAAAGAAAGAGAAAAAAUUGUAAGAGUGGGAUUAAUUUAUGCCUGAAUCAGAAAGAGUUAUAAAUCAAGGAGUUCCUUCAAUGGCAAUAAAGCCAAGUUAAGUAUCUCGAAUGAGAUAGAUCAUUCCAUUAUUACCUUAAUUUUUAUAAGUAAAUACUGUUAUAACAACAAGAAUGACAUUGAGAUAAUAUUAGAAAAUACUUUAGAGAAUUUAUAAGGAUUUUCAGAUAUCAAUUCAUUUAAAGUUUUAUUUUAAUCUUAAACCAAAUAACUAUACUAAGACCCUAAUGAUUAAUUGCAUAUGAGAUUCUUUUUAAAAUCAGAAAUGCCUCCUUCGAGGAUUUUCGAUGUAACCAUGAUUUGAUAUAAUAGGAAUUAUCAAUACACACAUUUGGAGACAAUUGGAACCCUUAAGUAUCUAUUUAUUAAGUAUUUCCAACUAAGAAGGAUUGUGCAAUUAUUUAUACAGAAUUUGAUAUGGGGGAAAAGUUUUAAAAUAAUCAACUUAAAUAAAAUAAGCCUUAAAGUUAAAAGGAAAUAGAACAUGAAUUCUUUUCUUAGGAGAGUUUCUCAAAAUAACCUAAAUCACAUACACCUAAUUAAAAUGAGAAGAUUAGAUUAAUAUAUACAUAAAAGCAUUUUUAAAUAGAUGAAAAUGCAUAUUGUAUUAUGAAAAAAUAUAUUGGGAAUGAGAUACAUCAUAAUUAAAUUGAUAAGGAUAAAGUUGAAGGCACUGAUGAAUUCAAGAUUACUAGAUCAUGUGUUCUUAUUUAAGCAAAACAAGAAGAUAAGUUUAAAGCUUAAAUUAUUGAAGACAUAUAUUUAGAGUGUGAAAAUAGAGAAAAAGGAGAAGAAGUAAUGAAGAGAUUUCUACUCAAUUUAGAAAAUAUUGAUACUCAAAUACUUUAAGCAGAUAAUUAUAUUAAAUAAUAAACUGAACAUGUAUUAAUUAAAAAUGCUGACGACGAUAUUGAUAAUUUGUAGAUAUCCUUUAUUCAAUUAGUACCUGAAGUAUAAAGAAUUACAUCUGAACAACAUCAACAAUAAUCACUUCAAGAAUAUAAAGAAAUUUUAGAUUUGGUUUAGACAGGAUAAUAUAUUCAAAGAUCAAUUUAAAGAUAAUUUAAUUAAAAUAUACUUCCUGGUUUGGAAAAGUUUCUUGAAACAACCAAAGAAGAUGGUCAUUUCUUACUGACUAAAUAUUAUGAGGUUGAUCCAAAAAAAGGAGGACUUAUAUAUACAAAUAAAAAACUAAUCAGUGAUUAAAGAAGUGUCUUAUUAGAUAUAAUCAAAAGAAUGGGAUCAAAUUUAUUAAGUGGAAAAUCCUUAAUGUCUGUCUCAUUACCAAUUUAAGUUUUUGAGGCAAGAUCAUUUUUAGAGAGAAUGGCAAGAGGACAAGGACAUGCUCCUGUUUUUCUUGAAAAAGCUGCUUAAACUACAGAUAUUUUUGAAUAAUUAAAGCUCACAGUUUCAUUUCAUUUGGCAAGUUUUAUGAUGGGAGUUCAAUAAGAAAAGCCAUUCAACCCAAUUAUUGGAGAAACAUUUGAGGGUAGAAUUAAAGGAUGUCCUAUAUAUUUAGAGUAAACUUCACAUCAUCCUCCUAUUUCUAAUUAUAUAAUGUAUGGAAGAGGUUAUAAAUUGUUUGGGUCAUUCUGUCCUUUGGUUAACAUGGGAACUAAUAGUUUGGCUGGUGAAUAACAAGGCCAUUCUUAAAUACAUUUCUAAAAUACUAAUCUUAAAUUUUAUUAUAUGGCCUAGCCAUUUAUGUUAUAUGGAGUUUUAUUAGGAUAAAGAAGUGUCAAUUGUCAUAAAAGAAGUUAUUGUUUUUAACCUGACCAUUAGUUAUUAGUAGAAAUUACAUUCAAUCCAAAGGAUAAAAAUGCUGGAUUUUUUAGUUCUUCAUCUUAAAAGAUAGAUUAAUUUAUUGGGAAAAUUUGUAAAGUCACACCAGAAUGCAUUUAAAAAUGUUUAAAAGCUCACAAAACUAAUUCAGGCAUAAAAUUAAAAAUAUUACCUUAAGAAAUUUUGGAUACAUAUAAUAUCAAUAUUAAAGGUAGAUGGACUUCAUUUUUAUAAUUUGAUAAUAUUACAUAUUGGGAUAUUGAAGUUCAUAGGUAAUUAUAUAUAAUCAUUUCUUUAGACCAUAUAUUCUCGAGUUGGAAUCAAAUCCCUUGCCAUCUGAUUGUCUCUAUAGAUUGGACUUAUUAUAUAUGAAAAUGAAAGAUAUGUUGAAAGGUUAAGAUAUUAAAGAGUAAAUGGAAGUUGAUCAAAGAAAAGAUAAACAACUUAGAGAAAAACUUGGGAAUAAAAAUAAAAAGAAAAAGAAAUCAAAUUGA